AUGUCGACUCCAAACUUAAAAUUUGAGUUAUCACCAGCAGAAUCGAUCGCCGAAUCAUUCACUUCAAUACCUGGUCAACAAUACCCUUCAUUAUUUCACACCGAAGGAAGUAUGGAGCCACUACAAGCUAUGACUCCACAAUCUUUUGAUGGUGACAGUAUGUUUGGGGAUGAUAUGGGUGAGGAUAUGGGUUUAACUGGAAGUCUUGCUGGUACACCUGCCCCAGAAAAGAAACAAGUCAAGAAGAGAAAGUCUUGGGGUCAACAAUUACCUGAACCAAAGACCAAUCUCCCUCCAAGAAAACGAGCAAAGACAGAAGAUGAAAAGGAACAACGUCGAGUUGAAAGAGUUCUUCGAAAUCGUCGAGCUGCUCAGACGUCAAGGGAAAGAAAGAGACAAGAAGUUGAUAAUCUUCAAGCAGAAAAAGAUCAAAUCGAACGUAGAAAUACCGAUUUGCAAUUACAAUUGGCGGAUAUGCAAGCUAGAUACGAAGAAGUUCGUCGAAAGCUAGAAGAAGUCACCGGUAUGGCUGGCGAAAAUAUUACACCAGCAUGCCUUCCUCCUUCAUCUGUUACUUCAACUCCAAGUCGAAAAGAAAAGUCUGGAUCAAUAAUGACACCAAUUAGAGAUAGUCACAAUACCAUGCAAUCAGCAAUUGGUACUGUUGAUCUAGCUUCCGUUUCACCACCACCACCUUCAAUGGAAUCAAAUGACGAGGACUCAUUCAACCCCAGUUCUUUCGUGUCAACCGAAAGCACAAGGGCAUUGGAUGAGUACCCCUCGGAAUAUUCUAAUUUCACGGGUUUUGGUCAGUACGCUAUGGGUUCAAAUGAUGACUUCACCAGUCAUCUCGAAUAUCCUGAUUCCCUUGGUGCAGAUCAAACUUUCUUUAAUGAACGGAUCGGUCCUAUCGUCGACGCCUUCACUAAUAACUUUGAUAAUUUGGCUACUGACAACAACGGCGCCACUAACGAUGCCUUAUUCGCGGACUUCAUUCACCAAGACGAGAUCACACCAUCUGCGCCCGAAGUACACUCUUCGGAUUCGAUUGUUGAGGAGACUCUUAACCUGCAGUCCCAGCUUGGCGCGUCCUCUUCUGGAUGCGACGCUGGAGACAAUGCGGUUGUCGUCUAA